AUGCUCGAUUUCGCAAAGCUUUUCAGCAAGCAUUCUCAGACAGAGCCACAAAGUCAUGAACCAACUGUUAAAAAAUACAUAGAUCUAUUGAUUCUUCGAUUGAAUGAAGCUAUCGCUGGGCAGCGUACAGAUAAUGGUACUGUUGAUUUAGUGCAAUGGUUGAACUUUACAACAUUUUACAUCAUCGGAGAUCUGGGAUGGGGUUCGUCUUUCAAAUGCAUUCAAGAGAGCUCAUAUCAUCCGUGGAUUAAAGUAGUUCUUCAUUUCAAAGCCGUUCUUAUUGCAAACUCUAUCAAAUACUAUCCAUUGCUUGAAGCAUUUCUCAUGAAAAUCACCCCAGCUUCAGCUCUCGAAGAUCUACGUCAAGCCCUUGAGACAGGUCAUCUUAGGGUCCAAGACCGACUUCGUCAUGACGUCAACCAACCUGAUAUUAUGUCUCAUGUUAUCGAUCACAACAAGUCUUCGACCGAGAUACCCCUUUCAACGGGGGAAAUAGAGAUGAACUCCAUGGCCUUGAUUGUUGCAGGCAGCGAGACUCUAACGACUACUUUAACCGCCGCAAUACACUUUUUACUUGAGAAUCCCAACUGUCCAGAGACCUUGGAAAGGGAAAUACGCACAAACUUUAGCACGGAAGAGCAAAUUACCAACGAGUCCACAAUUUCGCUGCCGUAUCUUAUGGCUGUGCUCAACGAGUCGCUACGAAUGUCUCCCCCACUUCCUGAUAGUCUGAGGCGCGAAGCACCGAGUGGAGGUGCUACAAUCGUAGGUCAUUUUGUUCCCGGAGGCACAACUGUUUCGGUGGCAUGCUGGUCUCUUUUCCAUUCAUCAAGCAAUUUUGCGUCACCAGAUGAAUUUAUGCCCGAGAGAUGGUUGGACAAUUCUGGAAAUCGGACCUUUAUGAACAAGCAAGCUGAUUCCGAAAACGUAUUUCAUCCGUUCUCGCUCGGGGCACACAAUUGUAUCGGUCAGCCACUCGCUUGGAUGGAGAUGCGGCUUAUUCUUUCGCGACUUAUUUGGAACUUUCAUAUCCAAGUCCCUAGCGGGGAGACGUUGCAGAAUUGGACUGACCAGAAGAUCUUUUGGACUUGGGAUAAAUUCCCACUCAAUGUUCAGCUUAUGAGUGUCGAGCACUCUGAAAAUUAG